AGAACCGCCAAGUCGUUCUACAACAGUACAACUUUCAGCACGGAACACGAAGGAGCUCAGUAAGUUCGCUAACGCGGAACGCGAUACAUUCUUCAAAGUAACAUCAUACUCAUCGGAUUAAAUCGGACGUGUGGAGCAGUGACAGUUCCAGUCAUGAAGGAAAAAAAUACGAAGACCCCAAUACAAUCCUUCUAUGUAGGUAAAACUAUUUUCGUCACCGGUGGUACCGGUUUUAUGGGUAAGGUUCUCUUGCAAAAAUUGCUGUACAGCUGUUCCGAUCUCAAUAAAAUCUACGUUCUCAUGAGACCCAAAAAAGGUCGCAGUAUCGAAAAUCGGCUCGACGACAUGUUUAAAUUACCUCUAUUUCAAUCUUUGCGGAAUGAGAAACCUCAAGUUUUUAAGAAAUUGAUACCGGUGCAUGGCGAUGUAUGUUCGCCCAAUUUGGGUAUAUCCGCUGAAAAAUAUGAGCUUUUACUAAACGAGGUACAAAUAUUAUUUCAUUUCGCUGCGACACUUCGAUUGGAGGCAAAAUUAAAAGAUGCCAUCGAGAUGAACACAACAGGUACAAAAAGAGUAUUGGAGUUGGCAAAAGAAAUGAAGCAACUACAGGCCUUCGUACAUUUAAGUACGGCUUUCUGUCACGUGGAUCAGGAGGAACUAGGUGAACGUAUCUACGACGCGACCGAUGAUCCGCACGAUGUCAUGAGACUUGUUCAAUGGUUAGACGACGAGGCUAUCGAUCUUAUUACGCCAAAAUUACUGCAUCCGCAUCCAAACACUUACACAUAUUCAAAACGUUUGGCUGAAACAUUGGUGGCCAACGAAUAUCCUAAUCUACCUUGCUGCAUCGCUAGACCAUCGAUUGUAACACCUUCAUACUCUGACCCAAUACCAGGAUGGGUCGAUAACUUGAACGGACCAACAGGAUUGCUUGUCGGCGCAGGCAAGGGUGUCAUCAGAUCAAUGCAUUGUAAUGGUGAUUAUCAUGCUGAAGUUAUGCCAGUUGAUCUGGCAAUUAAUUCUGUAAUUACAGUUGCAUACAGAAUUGCUAACAAACUAGAAGAGUUGAAAAGCAUACCCGUAAUCAAUAUAACCCAAAGCAAUGUAAGACCGAUCACUUGGAAAGAAGUACUAAUGAGAGGCAAACAUAUUAUUCAUGACUAUCCUUUCGAGGGACUUAUUUGGUAUCCGGACGGCGAUAUGCGUAGCAGCAAAUUUUGGCAUUCUCUUAUAGUCUUCUUCUUUCACAUUAUUCCCGCAUAUUUGAUAGAUUUUCUGAUGUUAAUAUUUCGACAGAAAAGAUUUAUGGUCAGAAUUCAAAGGCGAAUCUCAGAUGGACUCCAAGUAUUGCAAUAUUUUACUACGAGGGAAUGGAAAUUUCAUAAUACUAGAAUGCUUCGAAUGCAUGAGGAAUUAACGCCAGAAGAGAAGAGAAUAUUUAGAUGUAUUGUUUACAAUAUUGAUAUAGAUGAAUAUUUCAAAAACAUUAUCCUUGGUUCGCGGCAAUAUUGUAUGAAAGAGGAUUUGUCUACUUUGCCAAAAGCUCGUCGGCAUCAAAAAAUAAUGUACAUUGUCCACAUCAUAGCGGUGUAUUCGUUCUACUUUGGCGUAUUAUAUUUUCUUUACAACAAUAUUUCGAUAGUUAAAGUUCUCUUAGAUUCUAUGACCAACACAAUAAAAUCGCUUCCGUUCAUAGGAAGAGUACUACAAGUGAUACAUCUUUAAAAGCUUUUAUACACUCUAAAUUAUUUAACAUGCAAUGCACAGCAAAUGCAAUGAACAGAUAAAGAAUAGUAGUUUUUUCGACGACGAUCUAGCGUCUCUCAUAUGAAUCGCUUGUAAUUUCGGGUAUAUAUAAAUUACGAAGUGGAAGGUAAUUUUAAUAUACAACGAUGGACGUACUUUCAUUAUAAAUAAUGUUUUAAUGACAUCUCUAACAUGACAAGAAGAUGUCAUUGAAACAAUAUUUGACGCUACCUUGUUUGUUAAGUUAUUUAUGAUUAAAGAACUUAACAAACAAGAUAGCGUCAAAUAUUGUUUCAAUGACAUCUUCUUGUCAUGUUAGAGAUGUCAUUAAAACAUUAUUUAUAAUGAAAGUACGUCCAUCGUUGUAUAUUAAAAUUACCUUCCACCUCGUAAUUUAUAUAUACCCGAAAUUACAAGCGAUUCAUAUGAGAGACGCUAGAUCGUCGUCGAAAAAACUACUAUUCUUUAUCUGUUCAUUGCAUUUGCUGUGCAUUGCAUGUUAAAUAAUUUAGAGUGUAUAAAAGAUGUAUCACGUGUAAUACUCUUCCUAUGAACGGAAGCAAUUUAUCUAUAAGUUAUAGUUGCAAUAUCUCAAUCAAAACAUAGACGUUUACAAAUCUUUGACAAAAUGCUAUGUAAUAUAAUAUCUUAUAUUACAUAAACGUCUAUGUUUUGAUUGAGAUAUUGCAACUAUAACUUAUAGAUAAAUGUAUAUAUAUAAUGUAAAAGCUUUUUGCAAUUUAGAAUUAAUAAAAAUAUAUCGUUGUACUAUUCAAUACAAGUUUUAACGGAAUAAAGGUUUAUAUGCAUAUAUAGAAAUGUAUUAUGUUUGAAAAUAAAAGCUUUAUUAUGCAUUAA